ACCUUCAGCCAUAGCUAGUCACAGCAACGCGAGCUCGCUCGAAGGCUUCUAACAUCAGCGACUUACAUCCUCUUCCGCCCUUCUUCAUGACUCCCCCCUCGCCUGCGGCACGCUGGGCACUGCCCUCUCCUCGCGCGUACGCGGUUUCAGGUCGUUCACUCUUCUAUGUGCUACCUCUUAUCAGUUUCAACUUAUUGCUCAAUACCAUGCACUCUUCCUAUCUCAUGCUGAGCCGGUCACGCAGAGCACCGUUUCCCUCCAACUCGUGCAAGGGCGAUGAGGUGAGGUGGUAUCUAUUUGCUUUUAUGCCUUUUUGUGGAAGAUGAUGAUGAACAGAUGACGACGAGUUGAAGACAAGGGGGAAAUGAUGGCUGGAGGGAAGGAGUAGAGAGGGAAGGCAAUGAUGGUCUGCUUUUGGAGGCAAAGAGCCGAUUCACUGCUUGACAGCUGGUGAUCUCC